AUGUCGUGGAGGUUUUUCAGGUGGUGCGACCAGGGCAGCCUGCGCGACGCAGUGCGCCUGGGCGUCUUCCACCAGCGCGUGGCCGCGACAGAGGUCAUGGGGGUCGACCUGCCCGCGGUGCUGCAGGUCCUGCUGGAGGUGGCCCGCGGCGUGGAGCACCUGCACAGCAACGGCCUGCAGCACUGCAACAUGGACAACGUGCUGAUGCAGAGCGACGCCACCGCACCCCUCGGCUUCGUCUGCAAGGUGGCGGACUUUGGACUGCUCAAGCUAAUGGGCCCGGACUACCACGCGGCCACCGGCACCAUUGCGCACAUCGCGCCGGAGCUGGCCAUGGCCGGGAUGCAGGCCUGGGCGCCAGAACCGCAGCUGGCUGCGGCCGCAGACGCAUACGCGUUCGGGGUCCUCAUGUAUGAGCUUUACAGCGCGCGGCGCGCGUUUGGCGGCAUGCCACACGACCAGAUUUUCGACCAGGUGAUAUCCCGCGGCCUGCGGCCCUCGUUCCCCCGCUCGUCCCCCGCCGAGCUCGUGCGCCUGGCGGGCAGCUGCUGGGCAGCUGGCCCCCGGGAGCGGCCCGCGUUUGGGGAGGUGGUGCAGCGGCUGGAGCUGCUGCUCGCGGCGGUCAGCAUCGUCGCCACCGCGCGGGCGCUGCCGGCGCAGCGCGCGGCGGCGGCGGCGGUCGCUGCGCCGGACGGCGGUGACGGGGCGUCCGACGGGGACGCGUGA